UCGUCGAGCAACGUGCUUCACGUCACAUCACGCCAAUAUUGGCACAAAUUAUACUGUGAUCCACCAUUCAGUGAGUGUGCUGCUGUAGGAUUUACCAACUAUCAGCAAUACUUACAUAAGGAUGGUGAAGGUGCACUUUUGUAUGGUGGUGUUUGUAGUGGCGGUGGCAGUGUCAGAGGCAGCUAGAGGCGGGGGAGGGGGUAGAGGUGGGGGGAGGGGCAAGGGAGGUAGACGGGGCCAGUAUGGUAGUCGGAUGCCAAUUCAAAUACAGCACAGAAAUCCAGCCAGUGCCAGUUACUAUGAGAAUAAAGACGGAGCCAGGAUAGUUAAGUCCUCACACUUUGAGUUGGACUACAUGUUGGGACGUAAGAUAACCUUCUUCUGCAUGGCACAAGGUCUACCAAGACCUCAUAUUACAUGGUUCAAAGACGGAAUUGAGCUUUACGCACACAAGUUCUUCCAGGUUCACGAGUGGCCAAUCGGAGAAGACACGAUGAAGUCCAAGAUGGAGAUUGAUCCUACAACGCAAAAGGACGCAGGAUACUACGAGUGCCAAGCUGACAACCAAUACUCCAUUGACAGAAGAGGAUUCCGCACAGACUACGUUAUUUACACAUACUGAACCUUCCCCUUGACGAUUACAUACCAAACUUGUAUGUUGUUAUUGUUACCAUUUGGACAAAUAAUAAAUAAAACGCUAGAAUUUUUUUCAAACUAAUAUUUAUCUGUCAGCGUGAAUAUGACAUAGUUAUUCUGUUUUACAAUGUAAAAAUGAACGUUGGUAUAGCAAAAUAACAUUGUAUUUUAAUUUUAAAAGAUUAGAAAAUUAAUGUAAAAAUGAACGUUGGUAUGGAAAAAUAACGUUGUAUUUUAAUUUUAAAGAUUAGAAAAUUAAGUUAACAAAACAUAGAGAUAAUAAUUACUGACUACAAUCAGUUUAAACAAUAAUUAAACUGUUGAAUUAUAAUGUUCUUUAGAAUACAUAAUGUUACGCAUAAAUCGUAAAUCAAAGAGACUGAAUAGUUUGAUAAGUUAUAUACGAGUAUUGUAAUAAAUCAAAAUUCAACCUAAAACACGUAAAGGUUUGGUAUGCAUGAUGAUAAUGGUUUUGAUAAUUGUACAUAGGUUAAAUACAAUUUUUAUAGUAU